AUGAUUCGUGUUCGCUGUUUAUUAUUAUGUCGCCAUCUCCUAUUUCCGGCUACAACUCAUCGUUCUAAGUCUAUUCUGUCGUUAGGAUCGAAACUUCCAUCAUCAGUAUUGUUUUCACAUUUUAAAUUCACAUCUUUGUCUAGUAGUAUUUCUCGUCGUCUAAUUGAAACUUCUAGUAGAGAUCAUGAUCGUCGAUUAGAAUUAUCGUCAUCCACUUCGUCUUCGCCUAAUAUUGAAGUGGGAGCAGAUGCUGAUGAAUCAUCCAUGCCACAACCACGAAUGGGUAUUCAAUUUAAAUGUAAAAUAUGUGAAAAUACUCUACAGAAGACAUUCACCAAACAAUCAUAUGAGCACGGUGUAGUGAUUAUUCGAUGUGACCAUUGUUCAAGUUUGCAUUUGAUUGCUGAUAAUCUUAAUUGGUUUUCAGAUAUGAACGGAAAAAAGAAUGUUGUUGAUAUAUUGCAUGCAAAGGGUGAAACUGUUUAUCGCAUCAACUCUAAUGAUCCAAAAUUGACACAAGAAUCGACACCAACUAAAUUAAAUGAAGAUAAAGAGAAUAAAUCCACAGCAUCGUCAACAUCUGAAGAUCUAGGACAAAAAACAAAAUCUUCACGUCUUCCAAAAAUUUAUACAAAAACAGGUGAUCGCGGUACAAGUGGUUUGAUUACAGGUGAGAGACGUGUAAAAUAUGAUUUAAUAUUUGAUACAUUGGGCACUGUGGAUGAACUAUCAUCUAGUCUCGGUUUAUGUCUGGAAUAUUUAUUUGAUAAACAAGAUCAAUUUCCUAAAAUUAUUAGUUUUAUUGAGUCUAUCCAAUGUCGUCUAUUUGAAAUCGGAACAUGCAUUGCUACACCGUCAAAUUUAUCUACAAAUGAAAAGUUAACUGAUUAUCAACAAUUUGAUGCAAAACAUACACAAGAUUUAGAACUGUUCAUUGAUGAACUUACACAGGAACUGGAACCAUUGAAAAAUUUUAUUUUACCUAGUGGUGGCGGUUUAGCAUCGACUCAUUUUCAUUUAACAAGAGCAAUUUGUCGACGAUGUGAAAGACUCGUUCAAAGUUUGAUUCAUAAAGAGAAAACAUUGAAUCCAAAUGUUGGCAUCUAUUUAAAUCGUCUUAGUGAUUUGUUCUUUACAAUGGCCCGAUAUGCUGCAAAGAAGGAACAAAAAGUGCAAAAAAUUUAUAAAAGAUUGUAAGCAGUAAUUUUAAUAUUGUUUAUGUGUAAAACAAAGAAUGAACUUCUUCUAUUUUUUUUAUUCUAUUGUUUAUACUUAACGAACGAAGAUAUUUGGUUAUUGAUAGGUUGAAUACAAAAGUGCUGGAUUACAGACUCUUAUGUUGAUUAGAAUCAAACUGAGUAACAAAGUGGGUUUUAGCACUUUUGGUCUAUCAGUAGAAUAACUAGA